AUGUUCGGGAAACCAGACAAAAUGGACGUUCGGUGCCACUCGGACGCAGAGGCUGCCCGGGUCUCGAAGAACGCGCACAAGGAGAGCCGGGAGAGCAAGGGCUCGGAAGGGAACCUCCCUGCCGCCUUCCUCAAGGAGCCGCAAGGCGCCUUCUCGGCGUCCGGCGCCGCGGAAGAUUGUAACAAAAGUAAAUCCAAUUCCGCUGCGGACCCGGAUUACUGCCGCCGGAUCCUGGUUCGAGAUGCCAAGGGGUCCAUCCGAGAGAUCAUCCUGCCCAAAGGCCUGGACCUGGACCGGCCCAAGAGGACGCGCACGUCCUUCACGGCGGAGCAGCUGUACCGGCUGGAGAUGGAGUUCCAGCGCUGCCAGUACGUGGUGGGCCGCGAGAGGACCGAGCUCGCCCGACAGCUCAACCUCUCCGAGACCCAGGUGAAGGUCUGGUUCCAGAAUCGGCGCACGAAGCAGAAGAAGGACCAGGGCAAGGACUCGGAGCUGCGCUCGGUGGUGUCGGAGACAGCGGCCACGUGCAGCGUGCUUCGGCUGCUGGAGCAGGGCCGCCUGUUGUCGCCGCCCGGCCUGCCUGCGCUGCUGCCGCCGUGCGCCACGGGCGCGCUCGGCUCGGCGCUACGCGGGCCCAGCCUGCCGGCCCUGGGCGCGGCCGCGUCCCCGCACCCGCCCGCCGUGGGCGGUGCUCCGGGCCCCGGGCCCGCCGGGCCAGGGGGACUGCACACGGGCGCACCGGCUGCCGGCCACGGUCUCUUCAGCCUGCCCGUGCCCUCGCUGCUCGGCUCCGUCGCCAGCCGCCUGUCCACCGCCCCGUUGACAAUGGCCGGUUCGCUGGCUGGGAAUUUGCAAGAACUCUCCGCCCGAUACCUGAGCUCCUCGGCCUUCGAGCCUUACUCCCGGACCAACAAUAAAGAAGGAGCCGAGAAAAAAGCGCUGGACUGA